UUCCGCUUGUGAAGUUCUACUGUAAGUAUAAGCAGAAAUUGAAUUAAGGGUGGGUUUUUUUGCAUAAAUUUGUAUAAUAUUGGGAUAUAUCUACUGCCAACUCAAUUUUCCUGUGAAGAAGAGGAUGAGUAAUCAAGAUGUAAUUGUUUUAAAUGUGGGUGGGCUUAAAUUUACCACAAGGCCUUCUACACUACAAAGGUUCCCUGAGUCAAGAUUGGCAAGAAUGUUGAAUGGCAAUGACCCUGAAUUUAAGUUGCUAAAUGGCCAGUAUUUUGUGGACCGUGAUGGAGUUCUGUUCAGCUAUAUUUUGGAUAGCUUAAGAACGCUCCAGCUUGCCCUACCUAGUGACUUCUCAGACUACAGGAGAUUGCGGAGAGAAGCUGACUUCUAUGGACUUUAUUCUGUGGCUGAUCUCCUACAUCAAGAAAAUUUGCUGAAACCCAAACCAGAGGUCUUAGAAAUACGAUUCUUGCUCCAGGAAAUGCAGGGCUUUUUUCGCAUAUUUGGUUCCUGCAGCAUUACUAUUGAUGAGCUGGCUGACCGGAUCACAACCUUUUCAGAAAAUUUUGUAGGAAUGAGCUGGAAAGGUCAUCAUGUCCCUUCUCAGAAGUCACUAUCUCCCCUUUCUUUGGAGAGGCCUUCUCAUCAUGAUCUUGUCUUCCAGUGUGGCAUCACCUACGGUGACCAAUCUGUUGCAAGGUAUGUUUCUAUAAAACCUGAUAAGCGGAAGUUAUUUAAUGGAGCUAAUGUUCUUGGACUACUGAUUGAUAUCUUACUCAAAGAUGGAUUUCGUUUACUAAGUUCUAGAACCAUUUCAGCUGAGGAAAAAAUUGAAUGUUAUUGUUUUGAAAGAAUGAGAUCACCAGAGUUCUUUACGAUCAAUAUCACACAAACAAAAAGAGCUACUACUAUGCAACCAUCAAAACAAAUCCAGAUGAGCAGGUCCAAAUGAUACAAUAUUCUAAGAAAGAAUGUAUAAAGUAUAAAAUUAUAUGUCAUCCUGUCUCUUCUUGGGGAUGUGGAUUGCCAUAUAAAUUUGAUAAAUAAGCAAUUAUAAUUGAAAAAGAGCAAAAAUCUUGUUUGCAGCUUAGAAUUUUUAUUAGAUUUUUCUUACUGAAAUGACAGUAAGGGUAAAUUUAGGGAAAUGAAAUGAAUGAGAUGAUCAUUGGCUCCAGUUUCAGCCAUUACAGCUAUUGAUUGUUCACAGCAGUGGUGGGUUUCAAAAAUUGUUUGAACCUACUCUGUGGGUGAGUAUAAAACUUACCUUCAGUAAGUUU